AUGACUCUUCAACAGCCGCGUCUUUCCAUCAGCAAUUGUGUAUUACCGACAGCAGUGGAUUGGGUGGUCCUGCGCAAACUGCGUGAAUGGCACACUGCAUCUGAACAGACCGUUCAAUCAACAACAACAACAACACCCGUCUGUGCAGAUCCUUCACCGUUUUGGAUAUCUGCUAAAAUAGCUCGAUAUUUAUGGAAUAAAUUAACACAAGAAAACCCAACAUCUAUCCAUACAUCUUAUUCUUCUAUGAACAGUCAGGCAAUGUUUACAUCUAACCAUACAACCUCCAUAAGUAAACGUGAAGGAACAUAUUUUUCCUUUAAUUGGAAUCGAGCUGUUCAUGUGUUUGGAUCUACUUAUGUGAAUACCGCCGAUACUUCUCUUUCCUCCAUUGUGGAUUCCACCACUUGUGUUUCUUAUCAAAUCCCUGUAGAUGAGACGGGAGAAGUGUUGUGGGCCUUAAUAAGCAGAGAGUUUCCAUCCCAUUCCACUAAGGGAAUCUAUACAAAACAAUAUCCUUCUCACUUCUUCUUCUCUUCUCCAUAUUGGUUAAAUAUGGAGAAAUUAGAAAAACGUUGGCCAGGUAUAUCUAUAGCAGCAAAAACAACACCUGUUUAUCUUAAAGGCGGAAGUGCACAAUGUUUUAUUAACGCCGAGCAAACAACAGAUGCCUCUCGGUUUAAUGCCCUUUCAUGUAUUCCACAACGACGUCAUCAAUAUCUUUCGACUGGUGGAGUUCAGUAUUUCUCUUGGGAUUUCUCAGAAAAACUCACAAGAGCCUUUUCGGAUAUGAGAAAUCAUACUUGUAAUAUCAUUUCUUCUUCUUCUUUGAUGCCAUUAAGAAAUGACAAGACUGAUCUCUCUUCCUCAUAUAAACAACAAGAAGAAGAAGAAGAACAAAAAGAAAAAGAAAAAGAAGAAAAGAUGGAAACUCCCAGUAAUCUUUGGUUAGAUGUAGAGUUAAUUGAAACAGCGGGAUGGUCUGUGCAGAGUCAUGCUGUCGCUAUUGAAGUUCCACCAACUGAAAUAAGAUUCCCACCAUAUAUGAAUAUAAAGAAUAAACCCUCCAAUGAAAGCAGUCGAAUUAUUGUAAAUGCCGCCUCUCUGUUAACGCGGGAUCCAUUAUUAGAUCUCAUUGCAUACAAACCAAUUUGUCUAUUAACGCAGGGUGUGGCUUAUGUAGAUGCGGCCACUACACUCCGCCUUGCCGUCUUUGCUCUUACGAUGAAAUAUACAAACAACACGUGGCUCUGCGCCUCACUUGUGCAGGAGAAAAAAAUACGUGGAAGAAAAGAAAAUAACAUUACGGGUGUGGAGGCUCAAGUACACUACAGUUGGAGAUCUAAUAGUAUGAAAUCUAUUCUCAUUAAUGUGGAUGAAGUUCACAUUACACCAGAGCAGCUCACAGAGUUGUUAAACAGAGAAAGAAGAAUGACAGUAUCAUCUUCUGUGUAA